UCCUAGAAGGUGGGGACAUUUCAAAUCCGCCUCCAUCCUCCCCCACCCCCGGUCGCUCCGCUGCGGAAGUGACCGCGAAGGGCUGCUUCGCUCCUCCCCGAGCGGGGCCGAGCGGGGCCGCGCUGCCUCCGGGCCAACUACGCGGAGGGUUGUGGGGCGGGUAGCUCUUUGGCUCAGGGAGACGCAUGGAGGCCGCUGAGGCGGGGACUCCAAGUCCCAGCAUGCCCCGCGCCGCCGGCAGCACCCGGCCUCCGCUCCGGGCUUGGCCCCGGCCCUAGCGCUUGAGCAGCGGUGUGUUAGGGCGCGAGGAGACUCCAGUCUACGGCGGCGCCCGCGGGGUCGGAGGAGGGAAUGAGUGAAGAGGAGCAGGGCUCCGGCACGACCACGGGCUGCGGGCUGCCUAGUAUAGAGCAAAUGCUGGCAGCCAACCUGGGCAAGACCCCCAUCAGCCUUCUGCAGGAGUAUGGGACCAGAAUAGGAAAGACGCCUGUAUACGACCUUCUCAAAGCCGAGGGCCAAGCCCACCAACCCAAUUUCACCUUCCGGGUCACCGUUGGCGACACCAGCUGCACUGGUCAGGGCCCCAGCAAGAAGGCAGCCAAGCACAAGGCAGCUGAGGUGGCUCUCAAAUACCUCAAAGGGGGGAGCAUGCUGGAGCCGACCCUGGAGGACAGCAGUUUUUUAUCUCUCCUAGACUCUUCACUCCCUGAGGACUUUCCUGUAUUUACUUCUGUGGUGACAGCUAUUCCUUUUCCAUCUGUUGUCCUGACCAGGAGUCCCCCCAUGGAGGUGCAGCCCCCCGUCUCCCCUCAGCAGUCUGAAUGCAACCCUGUUGGCGCUUUGCAGGAGCUGGUAGUGCAGAAAGGCUGGCGGCUGCCUGAGUACACAGUCACCCAAGAGUCCGGGCCAGCCCACCGCAAGGAGUUUACCAUGACCUGCCAAGUGGAGCGCUUUGUUGAGAUUGGCAGUGGCACUUCCAAAAAGCUGGCGAAACGGAAUGCGGCAGCCAAAAUGCUGCAGCGGGUGCAUAUGGUACCUCUGGAUGCCCGGGAGGGGAAUGAGGCCGAACCUGAUGAUGACCACUUCUCCAUUGGCAUGGGCUCCCGCCAGGAUGGAUUGCGGAACCGGGGCCCAGGCUGCACUUGGGAUUCUCUGCGGAACUCAGUGGGGGAGAAGAUCCUGUCCCUCCGCACCUGCUCCCAGGGGGCCUUAGGUGCCCUGGGCCCUGCCUGCUGCAGCAUCCUUAGCGAGCUAUCUGAGGAGCAGGCCUUUCAUGUCAACUACAUGGAUAUUGAGGAGUUGAGUCUGAGUGGGCUCUGCCAGUGUCUGGUGGAGCUGUCCACACAGCCAGCCACCGUGUGUCACGGCUCUGCGGCCACCAGGGAAGCAGCUCGUGGUGAGGCAGCACGCCAUGCCCUGCAGUACCUCAAGAUCAUGGCGGGCAGUAAGUGAAGCCCCUCCGGACUCAUGGACAUGCAUCCUUGCUCCCAGGCCUCAGUCCACAUCUGCCCAACUCUGGUACCCUUGGAGGUGCUAUUUCUACCUCUGAUCCAGACUGCCUGACUGCAGGCUGUGGAGGACACAGGCCCUGGGAGCUGGCUCUGGACCUUCCUUUCACUGAUACAGGCUGGAGUGUAGCCAGAGAGGGCUCAAAAUAAACCUGCUGCUCCUUGGA